AUGGUUGCCUCCUUCAGACCUACAUCGCUUCUUGCGCUUUUCAUUUUAUCCAGCAGUAAUAUUGGCGCUCUUGCGCAAAAUGCCACAACGACGACGAUAUCAGCCGUUUCCUCGAACGCGAAUACGGCUUUGACGACUCUUACGAGUGGGACUACAGUGGUCGCUGGUGUGACGAGUGCGGCAUCGAGCUCGGGCAAUGGAGGUGGAAAGAUUCCUGAAACGCCGGUUGUUGCUUCGUCGGAGACACAAUUAGUGGUCGCCCCUUCUUCGUCCGUAGUGACGACGACGGCUCCUACAACCACGACACAAGAUUCUACGAUCCAAGCGACAACAGCGCCCACAACGACUUCUACACCGCAAGUUGAGUCCUCGCCCGCCGUAGCGAGUUCGAACACAGCUCUGGCGACCCCGAGCACUACCCCAACAUCAACAACACCAGCAGAAAGCACAGCCUUCUCCUACCAACCCACCACAUCCGUGUCCACCAACCCGGCAACCUCCUCCCCGGUCGUAGCCAGUUCCGAUACAGCGGUAGCAACAAACCCAGCCAACUCCUCUCCGGUCGUAGCGACUUCAAACACUGCUCUUGCUACACCGAGCACCACGGACACGAGUAUCUUCUCCUACCAACCCGACACCUCGUCCUCCGCAGCAGGAGCCCCCACCACAACAUCAGCCGGUCCCACGGGAGGAAAUACGCCCAAUGCGCCAGUCAUAGCUUCGACGGAAUCUUCAAUCGCUCCAGCUUCCCCUGUGGUACCGAGUUCGGGGACGGCAUUGUCCACGCCCCCCGCAGCAGGAACGACUACGAGCGAGACUUCGGCGUUCUCUUUCGUCCCGAGCAAUAGUGCGGACAGUGGUGCGCAGAGCUCUGUCAGCGUAGUGACCGCGAAUAUCCCAACCACGACCAACCAAGCCGGUGCAUCUUCCACUGGCGGUGCGGCGGUAAUCCCAGUCGCCCAAUCCUCCUCCGCGGCCAUCUCGAUCGGCUCGACCGUCGUUCCGGUCGUGGCACUUCCUCCUUCUUCCACUGCAGGCCAAACCACCUCCGCAGCCCCGGUCUUCGUUAUCGGCAGCCAGACGGCUUCGAUCGGCCAGACGUUGACGGUCGACAAUACGCCCGUGGUCGUGCAGACUUCAGCAGGUCAGACCCAACUUAUCGCCGGCUCCUCCACGCUUCCAUCAGCGCUGAGCUUCGCAUCAGCGAGUGCCUCCUCCGCCGGCGCCCCAGCCGCAAUCCCCACCGCUCUGUCCUUCCUCCCCGUAGCACCAUCCGGAAGCAUCGUCGCCCCAAUCCCAGUGAGCAGCCCAACAGGCAUCGCCUCGAUCCCUACCUCCCUGCCCUUCGCCCCAGCAGCCGGUAUCUCAGGCGCCCUAACCGGCGCUUCUGCAAUCCCCACCUCCCUCGCCUUCGCACCAGCAGGACCCUCAAGUUCCGGCGCAGCAGCAAUAACAACGCACCACGGCGUCCUCACCUUGACCGGAGCGGCGAGCACCAUGACCAUCGGCCUCGAAACCAUCUCCCGCAAUUCCGCGGGACAGUAUAUGCUAGGCCCCGCCACUUUGACUCCCGGAAGCACCAUCACCUCUAUUUCCGCGGGCAAGACGGCGCUAGUUGCUCUUACUACGGGCGCGAAUGGGUCGACGGGGUUAAUGGUACAGGAUGCGGCUACCACUGCUUCUUCAGCUCUACCGAAAAUCACCACCCUUUCUGCCUCCGCUUCUGCUUUCGGUGCAGGAGGAGCGUCUUCUUCGAGUAAAGGCGGCAGUUCGGCGAUCGUGGUGAACGGGCAUACAUAUUACCUUGGCGCGGACGGCGCGAGUUUGAAUGCCCAGGCUACAGGGGCCAGUACGUUGGCUACGAGUGGAUCUGUUUUGGGGGGCAGUGCGUCGGGGACGGGGAAGCCGAAGUUGCAGACUGCGGGUGCGUCUGGACAGGCGAAGGUAGUGGUGGCUAUGGGCAUGGCAUCGACUAUGGCUGGCUUUGUGCUUCUGAUAUGA